UUCCCCCAGAAUCAGCGCAGAACAACCACUUCGCCCCCCAAACCGAUACCCAGUCACCCAUAACCCAGCUCUCCCUUCAUCCAGCUCUGUCAACACACAACACUCCCUCCCCCAGACACAACCGCCAAAAUGCCCCGCCACGACGACGAUGACUACGACGACAGCAACCGCGCAUUUCUUCAAGCCUUCAUGGCGCGAUCCACGAUGACCUUCAGCGAAGCCAAGCCGGUAUUAGCAGCCAUUCUCUCCGCAGAAGAAACCUUCCAAACCUACAUCGCGGCCACCAACAGCGCCAUCUCCCCCUUCGACCUCGAAGUCCGCAGCAUCCAGCCGCAACCUGAACUCGAAUCCCAUGACGACCCGCACCCCGCAAUCCCCGAACGAGUCUACGCCCUGGUCAACACAACCAGCGACGCGCUGACCCAGCUCGCGACCACCUUCUCCGCCGAUGAGAUCGCUUUCGUGAAGCGCGUGCUCGACGCCAUGUUCGAGACGUAUAAUACCCGCCGCGCCGAGGUGAUGGUUAUAAGUAGUAUGCAGGCGUUGCAGUUGGCGAAGGUUUCGGGGUCGGAGGCGGGGAGGAGGGAGUCCGGUGUGCAGGGGCAGGGAACACAAGCUGGGGGGGCGGCGCAGUCGUUGACCAUGUCGCAGGCGGAGAUGAUGUUGAAGCAGUUGGUCGAGCAGGGGUGGUUCGAGAAGAGUCGCAAGGGGUAUUUUCGGCUGAGUCCGCGAGGACUCAUGGAGUUGAGGGGAUGGUUGGUGGCCACGUAUAAUGAUGACGCGGAGGGGAUUCGGAAGGUCAAGUUCUGUGCCGCGUGUAAGGAGAUUAUUACUGUGGGCCAACGGUGCGAAGACCGGGAUUGUCCGGGCAGAUUGCACGAUCACUGCAUCCGACGGUUCUUUCGCAUGCAGAAGGCCGACACCUGCCCCGUGUGUAAGAAGCAAUGGCCCGGGGAUAAGUUUGUUGGCGAGCGCGCGAUCACCAGCACUGCGCCGAGUGGGCAGCGGAGGAGACGCACCACGAAUAAUGAGCCCCAGGCGGAGGCGGGCCCGAGCACGGAGGUUCCGGCGGUUCUGGCUGUUCCUGAUAUCGAUGAGGAUGAGGAUCAGGCGAACCACGGAAUCCUGUCCGUGAAGAGCCUGCCGCUUCCCGCCCACUUGAGGAUGGGAUGGGGGUCUGAAGCGGAGGACUUACGACGAACCAUUUACGAAUAUCUUCAGUCUACUGUCCCUGUGCGGUCGAUGGACACGUCUAAGAUUGUGGAAGAUAGCAAGGCGUCGGAUGUUAUGAGACGCAGGCAGAAACGAUACCAGAUACCAGAUACCAGCUACGAGAUUCCAUGA